UUCGCGCCAAGAACAUGUAAGUGCGAAGCAGAAGAUAAAUCUACCUUUUUCUUCCUUGAAAAUGAACAAAACACUAAAGGAGUGUUAUGAAGUCCUUGGAGUUGGCCUAGAAGCCACGUCAGAAGAAAUAAAGAGAGCAUACAAGAAUCAGGCCUUAGCUUGUCAUCCAGACAAGAACCGUGAUGACCCUGAUGCAGUUCAAAAGUUUCAAGAACUUGGAUAUGCAUACAAGAAAAUUACAUCUGAUGAUAAGGAUGAGGAGGAAGAUGAUUGGGAAGAUAUGUUUUCUGACUUUGAUUAUUGGCUAGAGUUCUUCAUUUAUUGUAUGUAUGAAGAAGGAUUGAUGUUUGAUGAUAUUGGAUGCCAACACUGUUGUAACUGUGCCCAUUGUGAUAGUGAUGAUGAUGACAAAACACAGACGGAAAAGAAAAGAAGAAAACUUCACAAAAGAAGAGGUAUUUAUGUUCACUAA